AUGCUCAACUCCGGGGGUUCCCGCCUCCGGGUCUGCACCCGAUGCUGUCGUCGCGUGAUCAAGCCUAAGCCGCAUAUUCGAUGGGAGUCGAGCGCUUCCGCUGCUGCUGCUGCUGCUUCCGCUUCUGCGACGCCGGUGGCCGAUGCUUCGAAGCUGCCGGUCGAUCACUUUACAAGCUCUCAGCAUGACGAUGCGCUUCUCCGCGAGCUAUUCGACGCCCCAUCCGGCCGAACGUUUGCCAACUUCAGCCUGAAGAAGAGCCAAGGACUGUUCAAGAAUCGCUACCUGACCAGUCCAGAUGGAUUCCUCGUCUUUGCACAGAAGAACCUACAGAGAGCGACUCGCAUCGUUCACCGAGUGCUCGCCGCUUCGACAACUCACGAGUACCAAUCGCUGGUACGGGACCUCGACCGGCUGAGCGAUUUGCUCUGCCGUGUCCUCGACAUGUCCGACUUUGUUCGCAUGACGCACCCCGAUGUGCGCUUUCAGCAGGCCGCAGCAGACGCCUGGUCCAUGGUGUACCAGUACAUGAACCAGCUGAAUACUAUGACCGGGCUGAGCGACCAGUUGGGAGAGGCCAUGUCCCGUCCCGAGGUCACAGCAACCUGGUCCGAGGAGGAGAAGACAGUGGCAGAGCUGCUCAAGCUCGACUUCAUGAAGUCUGCCGUCAACCUGCCCAAGGCGGCUCGCGACAGGUUCGUUGAGCUAUCCUCCCGCAUCAGCGACGUCGGUUCGGCGUUUGUCCAGGGCAUGGAGCCGGAGCGAAAGGAUGUGACGCUGCCGUCGCAUCGCUUCUACGGCUUAUAUCCCGGCCUCGCCGCAUCCCUCAAGGUCCGGUCCAACAUCUCGGUCCCCACCACCGGCUCCGAGGCCGCAGCCGCCCUGCAGAGCGUGUAUGACGAGGAGACUCGCAAGGAAAUCUAUCUCGCCCAACGGAGAGCAUCCGGCCGGACUAUCAAGCUUCUGGAGACGAUGCUCAAGCUACGGGCAGAGUUGGCGAAUCUCGCCGGCUUCCAGAGCCACGGACACAUGGCGCUUAAGGACCGCAUGAUGGCCAAGUCGCCCGCUUCAGUGAUGCAGUUCCUCCUCGCUCUUAGGGACCACAACGCUCCCAUCAUUCAGCAGGAAUUGAGCGAACUGACGCAGAAGAAGCGGGAGAGGCUAGCCAUGCAGGACGCCACUCUCCAAGCGUGGGACAGGGACUUUUACAUGGAGAAGAUUCGAGCCGAGAUGCGGUCGCGGGUCAGGUUUGACGAUCACUUGACGGCUUACUUCUCCGUCGGGACCGUCAUCCAGGGUCUGUCCCGCCUCUUUGAUCGUCUCUAUGGCAUCCGCCUCGUUCCACGGGAGACGCUCCCGGGCGAAACCUGGCAUCCCGAUGUCAAGCGCCUCGACGUCGUGUCGGACAAUGGCGGCCAAGUGGCCGUUUUAUACUGCGAUCUCUUCUACCGGCCGCAAAAGUCUCCCAACCCAGCCCACUUCACCGUUCGAUGCUCCCGCGAGAUCCUCCCCGACGAGAUCGACGAGGUUGGUUCAGACCUCAACGGCCCCAACAUGCCUGCCUUUGAAUCCGCCGAGCAAGCUGCCAACGACGGCAUGGAGAUGUCGUCUCGCGACGGCACCCUGAAGCAGCUGCCCACCAUCGCCCUCGUCUGUGAUUUCCCCAAAAACGACAACGCCAAAGAGCCGGCGUUCCUGUCCUUCUACUCGGUCGAGACGCUCUUCCACGAGAUGGGCCACGCCAUCCACUCCAUCCUGGCGCGCACCUCGUUCCAAAACGUCUCGGGCACCCGCUGCGCAACCGACUUCGCCGAGCUCCCCUCCACCCUCAUGGAGCACUUCGCCGCCGACCGCACCGUGCUCUCGCUCUUCGCCCGCCACUGGAAGACGGACCAGCCGCUGCCCUACGACCUCGUCGCCGAGCGCAUCCGCGUCUCCAAGCGCUUCGAGGGCAUCGACACCGAGCACCAGAUCCUCCUCGCCAUGGUCGACCAGGCCUACCACGCCCCGGACGCCGCCUCCCCGGGCUUCGACUCCACCGCCGCCUUCCACGACAUCCACGCCCGCUUCGCCCACGGGCCCCGCGACCCCCCCGAGACUCGCUGGCAGGGCUUCUUCGGCCACCUGCACAGCUACGGCAGCACCUACUACAGCUACCUCUUCGACCGCGUCAUCGCCGAGCGGGUCUGGCGUGUCGUCUUCCGCGCCGGCGAGGACGGCGCAGCCAUCGGCCGCGAUAACGGCGAGCGCCUCAAGGAGAAUCUUCUCAAGUGGGGUGGCGGCCGUGACCCUUGGACGUGCCUUGCCGAUACGCUCCAGGACGACCGCCUGGCUCCAGGAGACGAAAAGUCCAUGGCUCUCGUCGGCAGCUGGGGACUCAGGGACGAUUUACUCCACUCUUAA